AUGGCAAAUAGUCCUAAUAUCUCCAAGUCCUUCAAGCUUCCGUCUCCAUUACCAUCUUGGCCAUCAGGUGAAGGGUUUUCCAAAGGAAUCAUUCAUCUGGGAGGAGGAUUACAAGUGUGCCAGAUAUCAUCUCUCAACAAAGUGUGGGCCACACAUGAAGGGGGCCCCAACAACCUUGGAGCUACCUUCUUUGAGCCGUCACAGGUGCCACAGGGUUUCUCUAUGCUGGGUUGCUAUAGCCAGCCCAACAACAGGAUGCUACAUGGGUGGGUUCUUGCAGGCAAAGAUGAGACAGGCACAGCCUUGAAGAACCCUAUAGAUUAUACUCUUGUUUGGAACACUGAAUCUUUGCAAAUCAAGCAAGAUGGUGUUGGCUACAUUUGGCUGCCUACUCCUCCUGAUGGUUACAAAGCCCUAGGCCAUGUUGUCACCAACACCCCUCAAAAGCCUCCCCUUGAAAAAGUUCGGUGCGUUCGCUCUGACCUUACCGACGAAUGCCAGGCUGACACGUGGCUAUGGGGACCUGGUAAGCAGAGUGAUCCAAAUGGUUUCAACGUUUUCAGCCUGCGUCCAAGCAACAGAGGAACACAAGCUAUGGGUGUCUCUGUUGGUGCAUUUGUAGCCCAAAAUACCACCGCUGCUCCUAUUUCUCUAGCAUGUUUGAAGAAUGUUGAGUCAAAUUUAACUUGUAUGCCUAAUCUAGGCCAAGUUCAAGCACUAUUCCAGGCGUACUCUCCUUGGAUAUAUUUCCAUCCUGAUGAGCAGUACCUUCCAUCUUCUGUGAGUUGGUAUUUUACCAACGGGGCGUUAUUAUAUAAGAAGGGCGAAGAGUCCAAACCUGUCCCUGUCGAAUCGACAGGCUCGAACCUUCCUCAAGGUGGUUCGAACGAUGGUGGUUAUUGGCUGGAUCUUCCUGUGGAGGAGGGGGCCAAGGAAAGAGUAAAGAAAGGAGAUUUGCAAGGCUGCCAAGUCUAUUUACACGUAAAACCAAUGUUGGGUGCCACCUUCACUGAUAUAGUUGCUUGGCUAUUCUACCCUUUCAAUGGUCCUGGUAGGGCUAAAGUAGAUUUCAUCGAUAGUAUUCCACUGGGGAAAACAGGACAGCAUGUUGGUGACUGGGAGCAUGUGACCCUAAGGAUCAGCAACUUCAGUGGAGAGCUAUGGACUGUAACUUAUUCAUCUUUAAACGGUCAUGCCAUGUACGCCAAGCCAGGUCUAGUUUUACAAGGGAGUGGGAACGUAGGAAUUAGAAACGAUACUGCUAAAAGUAAGAAAUUCGUGGAUACUGGAGCAAGAUUCUCGGUGGUGGCAGCUCAGUACUUGGGCAGGACCAUUGUUGAACCAUCAUGGCUCAACUAUUUGAGGAAAUGGGGUCCAAAUAUUACUUAUAAUAUUGCGGAAGAUGCCGAGAAGGUGAAGAAAAUAUUGCCUGGAAGACUCAAAUCUGCUUUUGAAAACUUGGUCAAGAGUCUACCAAGGGAGGUGUUUGGGGAAGAUGGGCCUACGGGUCCCAAGUUGAAAAGAAAUUGGACUGGAGACGAGGUUUGA